AUGUUGUCACUUAUAGCAGUUGCGCCCUAUGCGAUAGUCCUUGGCCUGAUAUUUUUCAUUUACUUUGUGGGAUACCCCUAUUUUGAGUACCUUCGUGAUCCCAAAGGCCUUCGAAAAUACCCCAAUUUAUCUCCUUUCUCAGGGAUCUCGGCACUGCCGUUCAUGUUCAUGGCCGCUCGAGGCUUUCGAUCUAUGGAGCUGUGCCACUUGCACAAGACGCACCCUGUGAUUCGGACCGGUCCCAACAUGCUUUCGUAUGGAGAUGUGCGAGCUAUCAAGGACAUUUACGGUCACAACACCAAAUGCAUGAAGGAUGAGUCCUAUGUCGUCACUUCCGGCACCCAUUUCAACCUGGCCGAUGUCGUCGACAAGCCGGACCAUGCGAGGAAGCGCAAGGUCCUCUCUUCAGCCUAUGCUCUGAAGAACCUGGAGACCUGGGAGUACAAGGUCACCGACAAACUUCAACGGAUGUUCAAGCACUUUGAUCAAGUCUGCACUCUUGCUCCCAAGGAGGACGUUGCGUCAGGCACAGUUGCCCCGGACCCCCAGGACCUUACUCUCGACCUGCGGGCAUGGACCAACUUCUUUACCCUUGACGCCAUUGCCGACAUUGGACUCUCCGAGAAGCUGGGCUUCUUGGACCAGGGACACGACAUCGUAUUGGCAGAGAGGAGAGAUGGUACCACAUACAAGACCAGCCUGCGUGAAGCGCUCUACCCCACGGCUCGCAAGCAAUCCCUGAUUCUGUGGAACUAUGAAUGGUACCCCGUGCUCGACAAACUUGUCAACGUCAUUCCAUUUUUUGGCCGCAUGGGAACGUCGGCGACUGACUGGGACCACAUUAUGUGGCGCCGAGGAAGCGAGCGGCUGCGUCGGUACGAGGCGGGUGAGAAGCUGGACGACUUCUUCCAGGCCCUCAUGGAGGAUAAGAACGGCCACCCCAACAAUCUUGAAUGGGGCGAGGUGGUUGCCGAGUGCAACAUCAUGAUGAAUGCCGGCAGCGUGACUACGGCCGUUGCGAUCGCGAACGUGAUGUACCAGCUUCUUCGCAACCCUCGCUGCCUGGCCAAGUUGCGCGAGGAAGUCGACGCAGUGCUGGACGAGGAUGAGGUCGUCGCUGACUAUGACAAGGUCCGGCACCUGCCAUAUCUCCGUGCUUGCCUGGACGAGUCACUUCGCAUCUUCCCACCCACCUCUCAUGGCCUGCCGCGCGAAACGCCUCCCGAGGGUACCAACAUAUUGGGCGAGUGGGUGGCGGGGAACACCUCCGUCAGCAUGUCGGCCCUGGUCGCUCAUCGCGAUGAGGGUGUUUUCCCCAAUGCAGAUCAGUACAUCCCCGAAAGGUGGCUUGGGGAAGAAGGCAAGGCGCUUCAGCCGUACCUGAUUGCCUUUUCUGCUGGCGCUCGAUCCUGCAUCGGUCGCAAUAUCUCCUACUUGGAGCAGACGAAGGCCAUUGCAUCCAUGGUCCAUCGGUAUGAUUUUGCUCUGCCGUAUCCCGGCUGGGAGCUGAAACGGUUGGAGACGAUGAAUUUGAUUUUGGGUGCGAUGCCGGUGAAAAUAUGGCGGCGCCAGUUGGGAGCAACGGAGGCCUGA